AUGGGUGAUUCCAAGGUUGAGAUGUUCCAUGGUGGCCGUGAAGCAAAUAUAGAACAGUUGCUUCGAGAAGAACAUUGGAAGGAUUAUCAUGAACGCAAAAAAAACACUGCUACCGUGGAUGAAGGAGUACGACUCGUGAAACAAUACAAGGAAAAGAGCUUCGGCCUAAAUAUGGGCCCGCCUGGAGAAGAAGGAAAAGUUCCAUUCAAAAAGUCGUAA